AUGCAUCGAUAUCUUUUUGUGCACAUUGUUCAGACGUUGUCGGCGUGUUACUUGUACAUCCAGCAGCAGUCUGAUGCCAGCGGUAGGCCCGGACUAUCGCCGCUACAGAAGUACAUUGCUGCAAUUAGGCAGUUGGCUUAUGGAGGACCGUCUGACAUGUUCGAUAAGUAUCUUCACAUCGGCGACACGACUGGCCGCGAAUGUCCGAAGGAAUUUUGUAAGGGCAUCAUCAAGACGUUUAGCUCCACAUAUCUUCGGAAGUCUACCCAUGCCGACUCCAAGUACCUGCUUGAUUUACACGGGAGGGUGCACGGCUUUCCUAGAAAGUUGUGCAGUGUAGAUUGUUUGCAUUGGGAAUGGAAGCAAUGUUUGACCGCUUGGAAAGGCCAGUUCACGGCCGAGUUCAAAGGAAAGUACCCGAAGAUGAUCCUCGAAGCCGUUUCUAACCGCGACUGUGGAUUUAGCAUGCGUAAUUCGACGUAG